UGUUCGCGAGUUCGGUUGUGCUUUUUAUCCAUUGUGUUUCUUCAAAGGUUUAGUGGUUAUUCGCGAGUCUUCUCUCGCAUUGCUCCUAUUUUUUUGGGUGGAAAGUAGAGUGCAGGGGGUUGUCGCGCGGUUUCUGUCUCGUUUUGUCCCACGUCGAGCCACGACACACAGCGGUUGCUGCUAGUGCUAUUUUAAAGUGUUCGUUAAGGUGGUAAUAAUUUUAUCUAAAUGAGAACUACAUGAUACACAAGUGAAGAAUUAAUUGUUGUGUGGAGAAAAUAUGAGUGUCUUGCAUAGGCCCUUCGUGGCUGUGCUGGUACUGUGCCUUGUGACGUCCCUGCUGCUGGCUCAUAGUAAUGAUGGCGGCGGAGAUCGACUGAUGAGUCAUGUGGAGAAGCAGCGGUAUGAUGGCUGGUACAAUAAUUUAGCCCACCCGGACUGGGGAGCAGUCGAUAAUCAUCUAACGAGGAAAGCACUUCCCGCGUACUCUGAUGGUGUGUACGUCCUAGCAGGGUCUAACCGACCUUCUCCACGUAAGCUUAGUAGGUUGUUCAUGAGAGGCAAAGAUGGGCUGCCUUCAAUGUACAAUCGCACUGCCAUUCUGGCCUUCUUCGGUCAGGUCGUUACCAAUGAGGUUGUGAUGGCCUCUGAAUCGGGCUGCCCAAUCGAAAUGCAUCGAAUAGAGAUUGAAAAGUGUGACGAAAUGUACGAUCGCGAGUGCCGAGGUGAUCGCUAUAUUCCGUUUCACCGGGCGGCUUACGACAGAAACACCGGUCAAAGUCCUAAUGCUCCCAGGGAGCAGAUCAAUCAGAUGACCGCUUGGAUUGACGGUAGUUUCAUCUACAGUACGUCUGAAGCGUGGUUGAAUGCUAUGCGGACAUUUCAGGACGGUUUGCUGCUGACAGAUAAGGAUGGAACGAUGCCGGUGAAGAAUACGAUGCGAGUGCCGCUGUUCAACAAUCCAGUGCCGCACGUUAUGCGAAUGCUCAGCCCAGAGAGAUUGUAUCUUUUGGGCGAUCCGCGGACCAAUCAAAAUCCUGCUUUGCUCACGUUUGCCAUUCUACUUCUGCGGUGGCACAAUGUGGUUGCAAAACGUGUCCGAAAACAGCACCGAGAUUGGACUGACGAGGAAAUUUUCCAGCGUGCUCGAAGGGUUGUAGUUGCUAGUCUGCAGAAUGUGAUAACCUAUGAAUAUCUACCGGCAUUUUUGGAUGCUGAACUGUCACCUUACAUGGGAUACAAAGCUGAUACUCACCCAGGCGUUAGCCAUAUGUUCCAGGCUGCUGCGUUCCGAUUUGGACAUUCGCUUAUUCCUCCCGGUUUGUUCCGAAGGAAUGGGCGGUGUGACUUCCGGAAGACCAACAUGGACUACCCGGCGCUAAGGUUGUGUUCAACAUGGUGGAAUUCGAACGACGUUUUGGAUGAUACCCCUGUCGAAGAGUUCCUCAUGGGCAUGGCAUCGCAGAUUGCCGAGCGUGAAGAUCCGCUUCUGUGCUCUGAUGUGCGUGAUAAGCUGUUCGGUCCGAUGGAGUUCUCACGCCGGGAUCUGGGAGCGCUGAACAUCAUGCGUGGAAGGGAUAACGGUUUGCCAGAUUACAAUACAGCUAGAGUUGCAUACAAACUACCAAAGAAGAAAACAUGGCGCGAAAUCAAUCCGGAUGUGUUCGAACGGCAGCCGGAAUUGUUGGAUUUGCUCAUUGAAACGUACGAUAACCGGCUGGACAACGUAGACGUAUACGUUGGAGGUAUGUUGGAGUCGGAUGGAAAACCCGGGGAGUUAUUCUCUGCCGUCAUAAUUGAUCAGUUUACAAGGAUACGAGAUGCCGAUCGGUUUUGGUUUGAAAAUGAAGAUAAUGGAAUUUUCACUAAAGAGGAAAUUUCUGAGCUACGGAAAAUCACAAUGUGGGACAUCAUUGUCAACAGUACCGACAUCGAGGCGGAUGAGAUUCAGAAAGAUGUAUUCCAUUGGAACGGAGGUGAUCCUUGCCCUCAGCCGGAACAGUUGAAUGCUACUCUGUUGGAACCAUGCAACUAUCUGGAAGGCUAUGAUUAUUUCUCCGGUUCAGAACUGGCUUACAUCUAUUCUUGUGUGUUCCUUGGAUUUGUGCCCAUUCUCUGCGCUGGAGCGGGUUACUGUGUGGUCAAGUUGCAAAACAGUCGUCGACGGAAAUUGAAGAUCAAGCAAGAGGCGUUGAAGACUGCCGGUAUCAGCAAAGCCUCCGUUGAAAAGAUGAUGGCUCGCGAAUGGCUACACGCGAACCACAAACGAUUGGUUACGGUUAAGUUUGGGCCUGAAGCAUCGAUCUACACGGUUGACCGUAAAGGGGAAAAGCUUAGAACGUUCAGCUUGAAAAACAUAGAUGUCGUUACAGUGGAACAGUCACAGGAAAAUUACAAAAAGAAGAAACCCUACAUCUUGCUGCGAGUGCCGAAUGAUCAUGAUCUUGUCCUAGAGUUGGAGUCGAACUCCGCACGAAGGAAAUUUGUCAAGAAAUUGGAAGAUUUCCUAUUGAUACACAAGAAAGACAUGACAUUUGUUGAGGUACCUCGUGACAUAAUGUUGGUUAAGGCGGAAACACGUGAACGUCGUCAAAAACGCUUGGAACACUUCUUCCGGGAGGCGUACGCGUUGACUUUCGGAUUGCGACCAGGCGAACGUCGACGAAGGUCGGAUGCCUCCGUGGAUGGGGAAGUGAUGACCGUUAUGAGAACCAGCUUGUCGAAACCUGAAUUUGCUGCCGCAUUGGGAAUGAAACCGGACGAUAUGUUCGUUCGGAAGAUGUUCAAUAUUGUAGACAAGGAUCAGGAUGGGAGGAUUUCAUUUCAGGAAUUCUUGGAAACUGUGGUGUUGUUCUCACGAGGCAAAACUGAUGAUAAGCUGAGAAUCAUUUUCGACAUGUGUGACAACGAUAGGAACGGAGUGAUUGAUAAGGGAGAACUGAGUGAGAUGAUGCGUUCUUUGGUGGAGAUUGCCAGAACUACUAGUGUCACGGAUACACAAGUGAAGGAACUGAUCGAUGGAAUGUUCCAGGAUGUUGGGUUGGAGCACAAGAACCAUCUUACGUAUCAGGAUUUCAAGUUAAUGAUGAAGGAAUACAAAGGAGAUUUCGUUGCGAUAGGUUUGGAUUGUAAAGGUGCAAAGCAGAAUUUCUUGGACACUUCAACGAACGUGGCUCGUAUGACUUCGUUUCACAUUGAACCUCAAUCGGAUGCGCGACGUAACUGGAUGCAAGAAAAAUGGGAUAGUUACACUACGUUUUUGGAAGAGAACCGCCAGAAUAUUUUUUAUCUGUUCCUGUUCUAUGUGAUCACCAUUGUGCUGUUUGUUGAACGAUUCAUUCAUUAUUCAUUCAUGGCAGAACAUACUGAUUUGAGACACAUUAUGGGAGUCGGAAUAGCUAUCACUCGAGGCUCUGCUGCGUCGUUGUCUUUCUGCUAUUCACUGUUGUUGCUCACCAUGUCCAGAAAUCUCAUCACAAAACUGAAGGAGUUUCCGAUUCAGCAAUACAUUCCCCUGGAUUCGCACAUUCAAUUCCACAAGAUUGCUGCCUGUACGGCACUGUUCUUCUCACUGUUACAUACCGUUGGUCACAUCGUAAACUUCUACCAUGUUUCCACACAAUCCAUCGAAAAUCUCAAAUGUCUAACGAAGGAAGUCCACUUCACCUCGGACUACCGACCUGAUAUCACAUACUGGCUGUUCCAAACAAUCACAGGUGUCACCGGAGUCAUGUUGUUCGUGAUAAUGUGCAUUAUAUUCGCAUUCGCUCAUUCAACUAUCCGGAAGAAGGCGUACAAGUUCUUCUGGAACGCCCACUCACUGUACGUGGUUCUCUAUGCACUGUGCCUUGUUCACGGUUUGGCUCGUCUCACAGGAGCUCCCCGGUUCUGGCUCUUUUUCAUUGGACCAGGAAUCGUCUACACUUUAGAUAAGAUCGUAUCUUUGCGUACGAAGUAUAUGGCGCUGGACGUCAUCGAAACGGAUCUGCUUCCGUCGGAUGUGAUCAAGAUCAAGUUCUACCGUCCGCCAAAUCUAAAGUAUCUUUCAGGUCAGUGGGUACGCCUUUCAUGCACUGAGAUCAAGCCAGAAGAAAUGCAUAGCUUCACGCUAACCUCGGCUCCGCACGAAAAUUUCCUCAGCUGUCACAUUAAAGCACAAGGUCCGUGGACCUGGAAGUUGCGGAAUUACUUCGAUCCAUGUAACUACAACCCGGACGAUCAACCGAAGAUUCGGAUCGAAGGACCAUUUGGCGGUGGCAAUCAGGACUGGUACAAGUUUGAGGUCGCCGUUAUGGUUGGAGGUGGUAUCGGAGUUACUCCGUAUGCUUCGAUUCUAAACGAUUUGGUGUUUGGAACCAGUACCAAUCGAUAUUCGGGCGUAGCUUGCAAGAAGGUAUACUUCCUGUGGAUCUGUCCCUCUCACAAGCACUUUGAAUGGUUCAUCGACGUCUUGCGGGAUGUUGAAAAGAAGGACGUUACCAAUGUGCUGGAAAUUCACAUUUUCAUCACACAGUUCUUCCACAAGUUCGAUCUGCGAACGACGAUGUUGUACAUUUGCGAGAACCACUUCCAGCGUUUAUCGAAGACGUCAAUGUUUACCGGUCUGAAGGCGGUGAACCAUUUCGGCCGUCCCGAUAUGUCUAGUUUUCUCAAAUUUGUACAGAAGAAGCAUUCCUAUGUAUCGAAAAUAGGCGUGUUCUCAUGUGGGCCUCGGCCACUGACCAAGAGCGUCAUGUCGGCGUGCGACGAAGUCAACAAGGGUAGAAAGUUGCCAUAUUUCAUUCACCACUUCGAAAACUUUGGCUAAGCCAAGCAGAGCAUGUUCUUCGAAUAAACCUACCGCUCUUCGAUUGCUCAUUUAGGAUUUUAUUAUUUUGUCAAUUUUUAUGUUGUUAUUCAUUAAGCUUAGUAUAAAUUGUCCAUCUCUUAGCGAUAAGAUAUAAACUUGUAUAGUUUUCUGUUGCUUUAGAUAGGUAUUCGUGUUCAUGUCUAUGUCAUCGUGGAUAUGACCUAUAAGCUUCAUGUACCUCAAAUGACUUGAAGCGUAUUUAUUUGUCUGUUAAUAUUGUUGUUCAAGCGAAACGACAUUCAUCGAAAAGCAAAGUGCUUCUUUCCAUCGCGAAAAUUUAUGAUCCAGUGCAUCGAACUAAUUGAUAGUUAAACGUGAGUGAUAUUACCGUUAAUUCGCCUGAAAGAACAAACAUACCCAUUAGUUGUGGCAACGUUAACCCUCCUGCAUCGAAUUAGUAUAAGACACUUACCAUAGCGAUAUGUAACGUAGAAACACUAAGCUUUUCCUUCAGUAAUUAUCAACUGCCUGAUUUCAUAGAACGAAAGAAGAAACCAUCCGUGAACUUACUUUGUUGUAAGGUAGCCUUAUAUGUUAAGAACUGUUAUCUAUUACUCAUUGAAACUUUAACACUGCUGAUUUUUCGAAUAUGGUGUAACUAAUAAUCCCAAUGUUGUUCUACUUCCAAAAUGUUCAUUUUAUUUUCUUGGAAUUUUGUAACUUAUCAAUAAUAUUUACUGUAUGUGUUGUAAAUAGCUUUGCCAGCAGUCUGUAUUUAUUACCGGAAUUAAAUAAGA